AUGUUACUGCCAGCCAGCCAGCGCUCCUGCCAGCCAGCCAGUGUUCAUGCCAGCCAGCAUUCCUGCCAGCCUGCUAGCGAGUCACCCAGUGUUCCUGCCAGCCAGCCCGUGUUCCUACAAACCAGCCUGCAUUCCUGCCAGCCAGCCUGUGUUCCUCACAUGCAGACAAAUUUCCUGCCAGCCAGCGCUCCUGCCAGCCAGCCAGCGUUCCUGCCAGGCAGCGUUCCUGUCAGACAGCGUUUCUGCCAGCCGGCCAAGCCACCCACAGCCAGCCUGCGUCCCAUCCAGCCAGAGAGCGUUCUUGCUAGCCUAUGUUCCUGCCAGCCAGCCAGCCAGCCAGCCUGUUUUCCUGCCAGCCAGAUAGCAUUCCUGCCAGCCAGCCUUCCUGCCAGCCAGCCAGCCAGUGUUUCUGCCAGCCAGUCCGCGUUCCUGCCAGCCAGCCUGCGUUCCUGCCAGCCAGCCUGUGUUCCUGCCACCCAGCCAGCGUUUCUGCCAGACAGCGUUCCUGCCAGAGAGACAGUCAGCCAGCCAGUGUUCCUGCCACCCAGCCUGCGUUUCUGGCAGCCAGCCUGUGUUUCUGCCAGUCAGCCUGUGUUCCUGCGAACCAGCCAACUUUCCUGCCAGCCAGCCAGCUACCCAGCCAAUGUUCCUGCAGAUAGCCUGCGUUCCUGCCAGCCAGCCUGUGUUCCUGCCAGCCAGCCUGUGUUCCUGCCACCCAGCCUGCGUUUUUGCCGCCUGCCUGUGUUCCUGCCAGCCAACCAGCAUUUCUGCCAGCCAGCGUUCCUGCCAGCCAGCCAGACAGCCAGCCAGUGUUCCUGCCAGCUAGCCUGCGUUCCUGCCAGCCAGCGAGCGUUCCUCCCAGCCAGUGUUCCUGCCAGCCGGCGUUCCUGCCAGCCAGCCAGCCAGCCAGCCAGUGUUCCUGCCAGCCAGCCUGCGUUCCUGCCAGCCAGCGUGUGUUCCUUCCAGCCAGAGAGCGUUCCUGCCAGACAGCCAGUCAGCCAAACUGUGUUCCUGCCAGCCAGCCUCUAUUCCUGCCAGAUAGCCUGCAUUCCUGCUAGCCAGCCUGUGUUCCUGCGAGCCAGCCUGCGUUCCUGCGAGCCAGCCUGUGUUCCUGCCAGUAAGCCAGUGCUCCUGCCAGCUAGCCAGCGUUCUUGGCUGGCAGCGUUGCAGCCAGCUAGCCAGCCAGCCAACCAGCGUUCCUGCCAGCCAGAGUUCCAGCCAGCCCCCUGUGGGUUCGGGGUCAGUGUUCUUGCCAGCCAGCGUUCCUGCCAGACAGCCAGCCAGCCAGCUUGUGUUUCCAGCCAGCCAGCUUGCGUUCCUACCAGCCAGCCCGUGUCCUUCCAGCCAGCUUGUGUUUGUACCAGCCAGCCAGCGUUCCUGCCAGCCAGCGUUCCUGCCAGCCAGCCAGCCAGCCAGCCAGUGUUGCUGCCAGCCAGCCUGCGUUCCUGCCGGCCAGCCUGCGUUCCUGCCAGCCAGCCUGUGUUCCUGCGAACUAGCCAGCGAUCCUGCCAGCCAGCCAGCCAGCCAACCAGUGUUCCUGCCAGCCAGCCUGCGUUGCUGCAAGCCAGCCUGCAUUCCUGCCAGCCAGCCUGUGUUCCUGUCAGGCAGCCUGCGUUCCUGCCAGUCAGCCUGCGCUCCAGCCAGCCAGCCUGUGUUCCUGCCAGCCAGCCAGUAUUCCUGCCAACCAGAGUUCCUGCCAGCCAGACUGCCAGCCAGCCAGUGUUCCUGCCAGCCAGCCUGCGUUCCCGCCAGCCUGCCUGUGUUCCUCCUAUCCAGGCUGUGUUCCUAGCAGACAGUCUGCGUUCCUGCCAGCCAGCCUUCGUUCCUGCCAGCCAGCCUGUGUUCCUGCCAGUCAGCCAGCGUCACUGCCAGCCAGCGUUUUUGCCAGCCUGCCACCCAGCCAGCAAGCAUUCCUGCCAGACAGCUUGUGUUCCUGCCAGCCAGCCUGUUUUCCUGUACGCCAGCCAGCGUUCCUGUCAGCCAGCGUGCCUGCCAGCCAGUAUUCCUCCCAGCCAGCCAGCCAGCAAGCCAGUGUUCCUGCCGGCCAGCCUGUGUUCCUGCAUGCCAGCCUGCAUUCCUGCCAGCCAGCCUGUGUUCCUGCGAAUUAGCCAGCUUUCCUGCCAGCCAGCCAGCCAGCCAAACAGUGUUCAUGCCAGCCAUCCUGCGUUGCUGCAAGCCAGCCUCCGUUCCUGCCAGCCAGCCUCUGUUCCUGCCAGCCUGCCUGCGUUCCUCCUAGCCGGCCUGUGUUCCUGGCAGCCAGCCUGCGCUCCUGCCAGCCAGCCAGCGCUCCUGCCAAUCAGCCAGCAAUCCUGCCAGCCAGCCAGCAUUGCUGCCAGCCAGGCUCCGCUUCUGCCAGCUAGCUUGUGUACCUGCCAGCCAUCCAGCUCUCCUGCCAGCCAACUAGCGUUCCUGCCAGCAAGCGAUCCUGCCAGCCAACCAGCCAGCCAGCCAGUGUUCCUGCCAGACGGCCUGUGUUCCUACCAGACAGUCUUCGUUCCUGAUGGCCUGCGUGUUUCCCUGCCAGCCAGCGAGUGUUCCAGCAAGACAGCGGUCAUGCCAGCCACCCAGCCUGGUUACCUACCAGCCAGCCUGCGUUUCUGCCAGCCAGCCAGUGUUCUUGCCAGCCAACAUUCCUGCCAGGUAGCCAGCCAGCCAGCCAGUGUUCCUGCCAGACAGCUUGUGUUCCUACCAGCCAGCCAGCGUUCCUGCCAGGCAGUCCCUGUUCCUGCUACACAGCCAGCGUUCCUGCCAGCGCAGUUUCCUGCCAGCCAGCCAGCCUGCCCGCCAUUGUUGCUGCCAGCCAGCCAGCAUUCCUUUCGGGCAGCCUACUUUUCUGCAAGCCAACCUGUGGCCCUGCCAGGUAGCAUGCGUUCCUGCCAGCGAAACUGCGUUCCUGUCAGCCAGCCAGUGUUCCUGUCAGCAAGCCUGCGUUCCGGCCAGCCAACCUGUAUUCCUGCCAGCCAGCCAGCAUUCCUGCCAGAGAGCCACCGAGCCAGCCAGUGCUCCCGCGAGCCAGCCUGCGUUCCUGCGAGCCAGCCUGCGUUCCUGCCUGCCAGCCUGUGUUCCUGCCAGCCAUCCUGUUUUCCUGCCAGCCAGCCAGGGUUCCUGCCAGCCAAAGUUCCUGACAGCAGCCAGCCAGCCAGCCAGUGUUCCUGGCAGCCAGCCUGCAUUCCUACCAGCCAGCCUGCGUUCCUGCCAGCCAGCCAGUGUUCCUGCCAGCCAGCCUGCGUUCCUUCAAGCCAGCCUGUGUUCCUGCCUGCCGGCCUGCGUUCCUGCCAGCCAGCCUGUGUUCCUACCAGGCAGCCUUCGUUCCUGGAGGCCUGCCUGUUUCCCUGCCAGCCAGCGAGUGUUCCUGCCAGCCAGCGUUCAUGCCAGACACCCAGCCAGCCAGCCUGUAUUCCUGCCAGGCAGACCGCAUUCCUGCCACCCAGUGUGUGUUCCUGCCAGCCAGCCUGCACUCCUGCCAGCCACCCUGCGUUCCUGCCAGCCAACCUGUGUUCCUUCCAGCCAGAGAGCAUUUCUGCCAGCCAGCCAGCCAGUGAUCCUACCAGCCAGCCUGCAUUCCUGCCAGCCAGCCAGUGUUUCUGCCAGCCAGCCUGCAUUCCAGCCAGUCAGCCUAUGUUCCUGCCAGCCAGCCAGCGUUCCUGCCAGCCAGCGUUCCUGCCAGCCAGCAUUCCUGCCAGCCAGCCAGCCAGCCAUCCUGCGUUUCCAGCCAGCCAGCCUGCGUUCCUACCAGCCAGCCUGCGUUCCUGGUGGCCAGACUCCAUUACUGCCAGCCAGCCUGUGUUCCUGCGAACUAGCCAGCGUUCCUGCCAGCCACCAGCCUGCGUUCCUGCCAGCCAGCCAGUGUUCCUGCUAGACAGCCAGCGUUCCUGCCAGCCCAAGUGCUUGCCAGCAAGGCAGCCAGCCAACCAGUGUUCAUGCCAGCCAGCCUGCAUUCCUGCCAGCCAGCCUGCAUUCCUGCCAGCCAGCCUGCGUUCCUGCCAGCCAGCCUGCGUUCCAGCCAGCCAGCCUGUGUACCUGCCAGCCAGGCUGCGCUCCUGCCAACCAGCCAGCGUUCCUGCCAGCCAGCGUUCCUGCCCUCCAGAGAGCCAGACAGCCAGCGUUCCUGCCUGCCAGCUCCUGCCAGCCAGCGUUCCUGCCAGCCAGCCAGCCAGCAAGCCAGUGUUCCUGCCAGCCAGCCAGCGUUCUAGGCUGCCAGCCUGCGUUCCUCCCAGUCAGCCUGCGUUCCUGCUAGCCAGCCUGCGUUCCUGCCAGCCAGCCUAUGUUCCUCCUAGCCAAACUACGUUCCUGCCAGCCAGCCUGCGUUCCUGCCAGCCAGACUGUCCUGCCAGCCAGACUGGGCUCCUGCCAGCCAGCUAG